UUUUCCUUGUGGUAAAUACAGCGUCUUUGAACGUUAUAUAUAAAUCUUCUUUGUUGGUUUAUUUCCUUAAGAGGAGUCUAGAAAAGAGUUAAGAAACUAGUUAAGAAAGCCCGUGGCCAUGGUUAAGGAUCCUAAUUUCAUCUUGCCAAACCGCACCCUGGAAAGACUGCACUGAUAGACACUCUCCCCAGCAGGGCCUUGGACCCCACCACAGAUUCGUAGGUCUCCACAAAGUCCAGCUUUUGCAUAUGCUUGGGUUCUGCCCUGUUACUUGUAAGAGGCAAAAAUCUGCUUUAUUUGUUGAAACGCGUGCAGUGUUUAUCUGGACCUUUUAUCAAGCCCGCAACUCCGUGUUGAGGCUUGCACCCGGAGGGGAUAGCUCCUGCUCAAAAAUCCACCUGUCCUCUGUUGCCCAGAAGGCAGCCGGGUCCUCCUGGAAUCAAUGUGCCUGUUUGGAUAGUUGCAAAGAUGCCACCCUCGGAGGAGGGGGCGAGAUAAAGAUUCAAUUUCCUGCACAAGGGCCUUUUGUCCUACCAGAAGCUUCUCUCCUCAGGGGACAGAUUUUAUGGUCCAUUAGUGGGCCGAGCGGUGGCUGUACCAGCAGGCUUGAUCAUCCACACCGCCCGAGGUGGUGGUGGUGGCGGCGGGAAGUGUGGUUUCUGAAGCCCAUCUGUGUCCUCCCUCUUCCUGGCCUCGCUACCCCCUACCCCCAUCCCCAGGCGUGGCCCCACGGCCCUGUCUGGGGAGGAUUGUGGUGCCCGGGGCCAACUGGCUGCUUCCUGGCUGAGCUCCCGCCCUGGCGGCCCCGGUGAAGAACCACCACUGACUGAGCGGCUCAUUGUAUGCGCCGCAGGCGGCCAGCGCGGAGCAGCGUAGCCAGCAGCGCAGGCUCCAGGAACCUCCCAUGGAUUUGUGAUCAACACAAGCAUCUCUCCCAGCCCUGGACAGCAGCCCUAACCAGAGGCAUGCGGCUGCCCCACUUCUCCGGUGCUCUCCUGCUUUCACUCUUGAUAGCACAGACCUGCAUCCUAGUCUUCCUGGUCUCCCGGCAAACGCCAUCGUCCCCAGCUGGAGCUGGCAGUAAGGAGCAUGUGCAUGUGCUGGUGCUGUCCUCGUGGCGCUCGGGCUCGUCUUUCGUGGGCCAGCUCUUCAGCCAACACCCAGAUGUCUUCUACCUGAUGGAGCCGGCUUGGCAUGUGUGGAAUGCCCUGUCGCAGGGCAGUGCCCCUAUGCUCCACAUGGCCGUCCGCGACCUGGUCCGUUCAGUAUUCCUGUGCGACAUGGAUGUCUUUGAUGCCUACCUGCCCUGGCGCCGCAACAUCUCAGAUCUCUUCCAGUGGGCGGUGAGCCGCGCCUUGUGCUCGCCGCCGGUCUGCAAUGCCUUCGCUCGCCGCAGCAUCAGUAGCGAGGAGGUAUGCAAGUCUUUGUGCGCAACACGGCCCUUCAGCCUGGCCCGGGAAUCCUGCAGCUCUUACAGCCACGUAGUGCUCAAGGAGGUGCGCUUCUUUAACCUGCAAGUUCUCUACCCAUUGCUCAGUGACCCAGCACUCAAUCUGCGCAUCGUGCACCUGGUGCGCGACCCCCGCGCGGUGCUGCGCUCCCGAGAGCAGGCUGCCAAGGCGCUGGCGCGGGACAAUGGCAUCGUUCUGGGUACCAAUGGCACGUGGGUGGAAGCGGAUCCUCGGCUGCGCGUGGUCAAUGAGGUGUGCCGCAGCCAUGUGCGCAUUGCAGAGGCCGCAUUGCAUAAGCCGCCGCCCUUCCUGAAAGGUCGCUACCGCCUAGUGCGCUACGAGGAUCUGGCCCGGGACCCACUCACUGAGAUCCGUGAGCUCUAUGCUUUCACUGGCCUGAACCUCACACGGCGGCUCCAGGCUUGGAUCCACAACAUCACGCAUGGCUCAGGGCCAGGCACACGCCAUGAGGCCUUCAAGACCUCAUCCAGGGAUGCGCUCAGUGUGUCCCAAGCCUGGAGACACUCGCUGCCUUUCGCCAAGAUUCAGCAGGUCCAGAAACUGUGCGCAGGCGCACUGCAGCUACUGGGUUACCGACCUGUGCACUCCGAGCUUGAGCAGCGGGACCUCUCUCUGGACCUCUUGCUGCCUAGAGGCAUGGACAGUUUCAAGUGGGCUUCUUCCACCGACGCAGAGCCGGGAUCUUAAGAGUCUUAUUGGAGAGUCCCUGGUCUGACGUUAGGGCCUAUUGGAGUAUGAUGAUGAAAGGGCUUGGAGAAACCAAAAGAAAGUCCACUAACAGUGACUGGGAGCGUGUGGGUGGUCUUGCCCUAUACUAGGAGAGGAUUGAAUCCAAAUUCCAUAUUUCUUUUCCUCCCCAGAUUAUGAUGUUGUGCCCAGAUUGAAUCCCAAAAUCACCAAGAGACCCAUUCUGAUGCAAAA